UAUCACCAGGAGUUUAAAGUUUUCAUCCUUUCCUUUGCUGUCUUUGUUGUUGUCGCUUCAGGAGCGACAGUUUAUAAAAGCGGAGCAGACGAUAAAAAGGUAUGGAAGCAAGUCGAUACAUGCAUUUGAUGCACCUGGUUGAUUUUCGAAUUUCACUCCCACCACUGAUCGUAUGCUAACUCGUUCUAAACCAAUGAUACUCUGUAGAUCACUGCUUUUUCUGCACUAGUUUUGUAAAAACGGGCAGGGAAUAGCGCUGGUUUUCAAAUGAUUUAAAGAGAACUCGAACAUCUCAAUUUUCCAAUGCUACGUUUUUAUGAAAACAUGUCCGCAACACGAAUGCUUGUCAGCCUUGUAAACCAGUGGAUGACCAACAUCUUAAGCUUCAGAAUGACUAUUUCGAAAAUUAAACCUUUAACUUUUUCCCAUGAUAGUCCCUAUUGUCCUGUACAAGGUGAUUCCUAACUUUACUGAUGAAUUUCUUCAUGUAAACAUUCUUGCAGGGCCUCGAAGCAUUCCAAACAGGUGGAAUAGUGGAUACUCUGAUUAUUUUUUAUGAUACUCUGAUGAUGAUGAUGAUGUAUUUAUUUUAAUAUUAUUUCUUUUUUACCUUGAACGAUAAGGUUUCAGAGUACAAAGUUAAAGUCAAGGAUGGAGCUAAAGAUCUAGACGAAACUAUUAAAAUCGACACCAAAAAGGGAACAGAAACUUUCCACAUCCCCAGUAAUGGCGACACCAGUCCCGAUGCCCCAGGAGAGGUCGAUGUUGUUUAUGAUUUCAAACAGGUUAGGAAAUUGAAAUUUAGCAUAUAGUAUAUGUUAAAAACAGCCUUCCUUUCGUUUCUUUUACAUUCUCUUUCCCAUUCCCUUCCUUCCCUUUUGUUUCCUUCGAUUUUUCCUUCCCUUUCCUCUUUGCAGAAUGACGGCUACUUUAACUGCUCUUUCUCUCUCUAUCUUUCUCUCUCUCUCCCUGAUUUUGCCCAUUAGUUUUGUAUAAAGCUAUGCACCCCUUGCACUAAAUAAUCUCUUAAAAAAUAAAAAUUAUUUGUCGAGUACAUACGUACGUAACUGUUGUCAUUUUUGUCUAUUUGCAUAGAACAUGGCCAUGCACCGAAUGUCCAAUCAGAGAGCUUGUUUUCUAAGUGACUCCACUGACAAUCUACCAAAGCCUGCUGACCUCAAGAAAUUACUUGAAACGGUAAUUACAUUUUCAGGAAAUGAUUAUUUACUACAUCUAAGGCUAAUGAAAAUCACCUAAAGAGAAAAAAAAUUCGUGUAGGACACUUUUUUGGCUUCAAGUUAAGCCGAGUAUUUGAAUGAUCAAUACUACCAGUUUUUAACUUUAUUUUCUGAACUCAGUGAUAGUGAAACUGCAUUAUGUACUAUACUUCUUUAGCCAUCAUCUACAUCUAAUAAUAUUGGGGAGAGCUAUUACAUUUUGAUGGCAUUGAAGCUAUUUUUGUCUGUUUGUUUUUCACUCCUUUAGAUGAUGACGAAACAUCGCUGUUCGUUGAACUAAAUAUUUACCCGCGUGUGGGAACUGUAACCUCAUCUAAAAUGGCCUCCAUAUUAAGCCACCUUAGUUCAACUUGCGUGGAAACUGUUUAUUUCUCAUUUGUGGGAGAUAAAUUGUGUAGUAUUUCAGCUUUUGCAGCAUCUGAUUCUGUUUUGUAAGAUUUUUCACAAAAGAGGGAAAAACUCGCUUUUUAGCUUUAAAUGUUGAGCAAGAACCAACUUUUACGUAAACUGGCGACAAUUCAUACAAAGAUUUAGACCCGCACGUUUUAGGCAAACUGGAAAAGUCAGAUUUAAGCUCACAUUUUCUAAUUAGGAAAUAAACAGACCAAAACUCUCUAAUCAAGUAAUUCUUAAGGAUAAACCUGACAUGAAAGGUAUUAUUUUUGCGCAGAUAUGAUUAACAAGUGAAAAUUCGAAAACCCGUCAGGGAAAUUUUCAGUUGGCUACGACCGCGGUACAAAUUGAUAUUAAAAUAUUUUCUCUUUUGUCUCGAAUUUAUUUACGCUUGUAAAAUAGACGAGGGAAACCAAAAAAAAUUACACGGCUAUUCCGCUAUUCUGUAGGAGUAGACGAAGAUGGAGAGCCAAUGAAGAGGUUCCUUGUACAGUAUUUUCCCACCUAAAUUAGUCGUAAGCAUAUUUGCUAUUUUCCCUUCAGCAAUGGAAUCAGGGUAGCAGCCGGGCAGAGACACAAGGGGAGACUGAAUAUACUGUUGUUGGUACUGUCAAUGAUCGCUCGUUCCUGAGUGAUGAAAUGGCCGCCAUGUGUGCUAAGUUGCCCAUUUAUCGUAUCAAGCAGAAUAGCCUCCCGGCCCAGCGUAAGUAA